AUGGAUGCACAGAUGGAUAUGAGUGACAAUAACAUUUGUGACACAAGGGGGAAGCAUUCAAAUUAUCCCAGAAAAACUACGAAGCAGCUGGGCCAAAGCUGUAGCUUGCAGAAGGAGGUGGACAUGGAUUACUCCUGCAGUCCUCCUGGAAACUCUGCAGGUCCUGCAGGAAAGCAGGAGCGGUGUGGAGACAAAGAAACCAGUGACACCUACUGCCAGAAACAAGGUGAGAGUCCAGCUGGGGAGUUUGCCCCCUCCAGCACCAGCUUCCACCUGCAGAGUGAAGAUGAGCAUUUAGAUCACUGUUCCUCUGAGCGCCCCAGGAAACCACAGACAAUAACAAAACUCCGUGAGGACAACAGAAGCGCCGCUCUCAGGGAUGUGUUUGGUGGGGACCUGGAGCCUGUCCCUGAGGAAGCUCUGCCCUAUCGAUGCAAGAAGUGUGGCUCCUCUUUUCGUGGCGUGAGCGAGCUGCAGGAGCACAGGCGAGCUCACCUGCUGGAAAACUCCUACCACUGUCCCAUCUGCGCCAAAGCCUUCUCCCGCGCGGCCAACCUGCGCAUGCACAAACUCAUCCAUUCCAGCGAGAGGCCGCACAAGUGCCCCGAGUGUGACAAGGGCUUCAUCCGCACGGCCGACGUCUGGAGGCACCUGCGCAACGUGCACAAGAUCGAGCGCUCCAUGGUGAUCCUGGCCAACGGCAUGGCCAGGAACCCCUGGUCCGUGCUGCACCGCAGCCAGCACAGUGUUGAGUGCCCAGAUCAGGCUUGUCCUGGAAACACGAAGUCUCAGGAAGACGACUUCAAACCUUACGCCUGCCCGACGUGUGGCAAAGGCUUCGAUAAGCCCAACCUGCUGUCCAAGCACAAGGUGAUCCACCGGGAGGACAAGCCCUACAAAUGUCAGGAGUGCGGCAUGGCGUUUGUGCAGCUGCUCAGGCUCAAGAGACACCAGCAGACUCACUCCGGGGCACGGCCAUUCUAUUGUGAGGAGUGUGGAGGGACCUUCACCCGGCUGGCAUCGCUCCAGCGCCAUCACCGCAUCCACACCGGAGAGAAGCCCUACUCCUGUAAUUUCUGUGGGCAUUCCUUCACUGAGUCAGGGACCCUACGGAGGCACGAGCGCACACACAAGUUGGACAAAACUUAA